AUGGAUACCACUGCAAACCUCUCGCUAGGUUUGCCAAUAAACAACUUUAAUAAUGCAGCAGAGUCAAGCUACUUUGAUUAUAGUCCCUAUUAUCCAACCUACAGCUGUUACCAGGAUGAACAGGAUUAUGCUGAUCGAUUAGCAAACAAAAGGCUCAUAUACCGGAGCAUUCCGUACUAUAAUAAUGAACUAAAAUCACUAGAGGAUAUAAAUAGGUCUAGCAGUAUUUCAGAUCCCAUGGUUAACGUGUUUUAUGGAAACUCGAAUUCCUUAGAAUCUCUGCCAUCUGACUCAUACAAUAACAAAGCCUUGAACAAAUACAGGGAUGUUACACGUCCAUCAUGUGAUGAAAAGAGUGGACCAUAUGAUCGACAUUAUGAAAGGCAUAACGGAUAUGACAGAAGCAGUCCAUACGAUAGGCAUUAUGAUGGACGGAAUAUGAAUGGAGAUGUAAAAAAGGUUAAGCUCUCAGACUUGAUAAAGUUGACGGAAGCAAUGCGGGAACUGACUUCACGUUUGCCAAUGCCUCCGAGUCCAGAGUUAUUGCAGUCUAUAAAUCCUAGUCUUGCUGCAACUCUACAACUUACAUAUUUGAAGGCUUAUAUCCAGAAUCAACAGCUGUUACUCGAUCUAAAGUCUAGUCUUGAAGGUUCCUUUCCUGUAGACAUUAAGUAUAAUGUAGGAAGUCAUAAUAGCAUUUCUCCCCCUACCAACGAUAUUGGAUUGUCGCUAGCAAAACUCGAUGGGCUCUAUGAUUUGCCAGGUGGACAAGGGGUAAACUGCGUCGAUAACCUGCCAAAGAUUCGGGAUUUGUCACCAAAUGAGAAUGAAAAUAAAGAUUUAAUGCCGAAAAUUAGCGAUGUGUCUUGUGAGGACAUUGUGGAUUUCCAAGACUAUAUGCAAUUUGCCAACGAUGUAACAUUUCCAGAAAUUGAGGAUGACUCAUUUCAUAAACGCAAAAUUCUGAGAAUUACAAAUGGUGAAUCAGAUGACUUGGAAUCUUCAACCAAUGACUCAGAGAGUGGCAAAGGUACUAGAAUUGGCAAGAGUCUAGCUGGUGGCGAUCUUGCAAUUGUCGAAGCCAGAGGGGCAAAGACUCCCUUUGGUGGAAAUAGGAUGGGUGUGAAGGAUAAAUCUGUGUCUAACAGGAAAAUAACCUCUAAUGUAAAUAGAGUGAAAAAGGUAGCUAGUGGGACAGAAAGUGCAAAAAGAGACUUUCUUGGCAAGGUUCCAAAGGAGUUGAAAAAAUUUGUAAAAUAUGACAGCACUAAAAAUUCCUAUGUUGCAGUAUUUUUGGGUCCAACUGGACUCCGAAAGAGAAAAGCAUUUUCAGUUCGCAAAUUCGGCGCUGACGGAGCUCUAAAGAGGGCAGAAACGUUUGCAUUAGGUUCUUCUGGUGUUAUGCUCGCCGUAAAGGAACGAGGGUUGUUAGAGCAGAUUUGUACUACUGCGUUGCAACUAAACCCAAAGAGUCGCGAAGACAUAAAACUCUACGAACAUGCUCAAGCAAUGGAACAUUGUAGAGGACUUGUGUACUCUUGUGGAGGUCAAAUGUGGCUCUCUGUCUACUACAACUCUCUCUCGAAACGUGGUAUAAAGGGAUUUCUUGUAUCAGAAUAUGGCUUUCAAGGUGCAUAUGAUGCUGCAAAGGCAUUUUUGGAAAGCAUGGAACAUACGGUACAGUCUAAACUUUCUGGUGCCCUUUCAUUCUGGCUGGAAAAUGAAGGAUGUAAGGUACUCUGUCUAGUUGUCCCCUUCAAACCACAAUUAAGAAGCAUGAUUAGACCUGUUAACGGACCUACGGAUUCAUUAAGUUUUGAAAAGGUCGAAGAAACAAGACUCUGCAUUGGCCGAUUUGAACUAGAUGUCCACGGUGGUUUUGUAAAAACACGCAAGGUCGCACAGGAUUGGUGCAAUGCAAUCAAGGCUGGAACUAUAAAUGCAUUCUGUAAUGGUACAGAUACUGGAAAUGGAGGCAUCGAUGCAUCAAAACUUCCGGGUGUUGUUUAUGAAUCGUUUAUUGAUUGUUGGAUCGCUAAUUGUAACGGAAAAAGUAAACGAUUCUAUGUUAAAACUUUGGGGACAUCUGAAGCACGCAGAAGAGCCAUACACUAUCGUAACAAUUUCUUGAACACUCAAGAAUGUUAA